GCCGGGCGGCCGGGGAGGGGCCACGCUCGAGCCUAGCGUCCCGCUCCCAUGGCCGCCCCCGGCUCCCUGCGUUGCCCCUUCUCCCCCGGGCCGCGCCCCGGGGCCCCGCACUGACGGCCCAUGGCGCCGCCCGCCGCCCGCCUCGCCCUGCUCUCCGCCGCCGCGCUCACGCUGGCCGCCCGGCCCGCGCCCAGCCCCGGCCUCGGCCCCGGACCCGAAUGUUUCACAGCCAACGGUGCAGAUUAUAGGGGAACGCAGAACUGGACAGCACUGCAAGGCGGGAAGCCAUGUCUGUUCUGGAACGAGACUUUCCAGCAUCCAUACAACACUCUGAAAUACCCCAACGGGGAGGGGGGCCUGGGCGAGCAUAACUACUGCAGAAACCCAGACGGCGAUGUGAGCCCCUGGUGCUACGUGGCGGAGCACGAGGACGGUGUCUACUGGAAGUACUGUGAGAUUCCCGCCUGCCAGAUGCCUGGAAACCUCGGCUGCUACAAGGAUCAUGGAAACCCACCUCCUCUAACUGGCGCCAGUAAAACGUCUAACAGGCUUACCAUACAAACCUGCAUCAGUUUUUGUCGGAGUCAAAGGUUCAAGUUUGCCGGAAUGGAGUCAGGCUAUGCUUGCUUCUGUGGAAACAGUCCUGAUUACUGGAAGUACGGGGAGGCAGCCAGUACUGAGUGCAACAGCGUCUGCUUCGGGGAUCACACCCAGCCCUGUGGGGGCGAUGGCAGGAUCAUCGUCUUUGACACUCUGGUCGGUGCCUGUGGUGGGAAUUACUCGGCCAUGACUUCCGUGGUCUAUUCCCCCGACUUUCCCGAUGCAUACGCCACAGGGAGGGUCUGCUACUGGACCAUCCGGGUCCCGGGAGCCUCCCACAUCUACUUCAACUUCGCCUUAUUUGACAUCCGGGAUUCCGCAGACAUGGUGGAGCUGCUGGACGGCUACACCCACCGCGUCCUGGUCCGUUUCAAUGGGAGGAACCGCCCACCUUUGUCCUUUAACAUCUCUCUGGACUUUGUCAUCUUGUAUUUCUUCUCUGAUCGCAUCAAUCAGGCCCAGGGAUUUGCUGUCUUGUACCAAGCCGUCAAGGAAGACCCACCACAGGAGAGGCCCACUGCCAACCAGACACUGACUGAGGUGAUCACGGAGCAGGCCAACCUCAGUGUCAGCGCUGCCCGGUCCUCCAAAGUCCUCUACGUCAUCACCACCAGCCCCAGCCACCCACCCCAGACCGUGCCAGGAUGGACAGUGUAUGGCCUGGCAACGCUCCUUAUCCUCACAGUCACAGCCAUCAUAGCAAAGAUACUUCUGCACAUCACUUUCAAAUCCCAUCGUGUUCCUGCCUUAGGGGACCUUAGGGACUGUCGUCAACCAGGGACGUCGGGGGAAAUCUGGAGCAUUUUUUAUAAGCCUUCUACUUCGAUUUCCAUCUUUAAGAAGAAGCUCAAGGGUCAGAGUCAACAAGAUGACCGUAAUCCUCUUUUUCUUCCAAGAGCGGGCUCACUGAGACAGAGGCCGAGUGAGCAGACAGCCGCAGACUUCAGGGAAACUGUGAACAUCUCACCUCCAAGAAUGAGAGUUGCCUGUGAGCACAUAGGAAAAAGCAGGAACUGGUGCUCAUACGUGGUGACCCGCACCAUCUCGUGCCACGUGCAGAAUGGCACCUACCUGCAGCGCGUGCUGCAGAAUUGCCCCUGGCCCAUGAGCUGCCCUGGGAACAGCUACAGAACCGUGGUGAGACCCACAUACAAGGUGAUGUACAAGACGGUGACAGCCCGCGAGUGGAGGUGCUGCCCUGGGCGCUCGGGGUCGAGCUGCGAGGAAGUUGUAGGCUCCUCUGGCUUCGUGGAGCCCGGGUGGUCGGGCAACGCCAUGUGGCGGAUGGCACUUCGUCCCACAGCCCUGUCAGGUUGUCUCAACUGCAGCAAAGUGUCGGAGCUGACGGAGAGGCUGAAGGUUCUAGAGGCCAAGGUGGCGGUGCUGACUGUCACCGAGCAGGCAGUGCCCCCGACCCCAGCUGCCCCCGAGGACCCCGCCCCGCUCUGGGGUUCCCCAGCUGCCCAGGGCAGCCCCGGGGAUGGAGGCCUCCAAGGGCUACCAGGAACCAGAGAAAACGUGAGGGCCCCUCUGCUCCCGCGAGAUGAUCGAGUUGGUGCCCGGGGGCUUCCUGGGCCCUCUGGCCCCAAGGGAGACCCUGGCAGCCGGGGCCCAAUGGGGAUGAGAGGCCCGCCAGGUCCGCAGGGACCCCCAGGGAGCCCUGGCCAGGCUGGAGCUGUGGGCACCCCUGGAGAGAGGGGACCUCCAGGCCCCCCAGGGCCUCCUGGCCCCCCAGCCCCACUUGGACCACCCUACGCCCAGAUCUCCCAGCAUGGGGACCCAUUUCUGUCCAACACCUUCACUGAGACCAGCAGCUACUGGCCCCAGGGACCAGCUGGACCCCCAGGCCCCCCAGGACCCAUGGGUCCUCCUGGACCUCCUGGUCCCAUGGGCAUCCCUGGGAAUCCUGGACAUAUAGGACCCUCAGGCCCCACUGGACCCAAAGGAAUCUCCGGCCACCCAGGAGAGAAGGGCGAGAGAGGACUGCGUGGGGAGCCCGGCCCCCAGGGCUCCAUGGGGCAGCAGGGAGAACCUGGCCCCAAAGGAGACCCUGGUGAGAAGAGCCACUGGGCUCCUAGCUUACAGAGCUUCCUGCAGCAGCAGGCUCAGCUGGAGCUCCUGGCCAGACGGGUCACCCUGCUGGAAGCCAUCAUCUGGCCAGAACCAGAGGGGUCAGGGGCAGACCCUGCCGGCAUGGGCACCCCCAGCCUCCUGCGGGGCAAGAGGGGAGGACACGCCACCAGCUACCGGAUCGUGGCCCCCAGGAGCCGAAACGAGAGAGACUGAGUGUGGUGGUGGCCCCUUGGGGUGGGCCAGGCCAGGCUUCCCUUCCCAGCCUGGACUUGGCCAGCUGCCUCCAAGGUCUGCCAUCCAUAUUUAUUAAUAUCCUCAGGGUCCCUUCUGCCACCUAGGCCUUUGGGGUGGGCAUGUCUUGGUCCUGGCAGCCCGUGCACAUCUGCCUCCUAUGAGGCUGGGCCAGGACUGGAGCCUGAGAGGGAGGUGUGGUCCAGGCAAGAGGUGAGGCCUUGCUCAGGGCCCUGGGCCUCAGUUUCCCUCUGUGAAAUGGGGUGAUGCAGGCCUGUGGGGAGGGGCGGCAAGUUUGGAGCUUCUGUCUUCUCAUCAACUGCCCGGCCAUCCAGGCCCCAAGCAACUGAGUGAGUUGGAAGCUGGGGCUCUGCCCGGCCCUCAGCACACCCAGGGGUGAUGAGGGCAGGCAGUCUCACCUCCCCAGUCCCCAGCCAAACCUGGGGGGCCCACCUGUACCCCUCGUCUCCUUGUUUUCUGGUGCUGGGUUCCUGGCCCUGAGGUCAAGCUACCUGAUCUGACUGGACAUUCAGGGCUCCUUGUCUCAGUUCUGACCCCUGAACCCUCAGUCCUUCUCAUGUCCCAGGCAGAGGGGGCAGGGAGAGGGAGGGGGCCCCCUGCUCCCACAACGGCUUGUGACAGACACCAGGAGGUAGAUGUGUAUCAGCCAAUAAAGGCCCCCAGCCUCACUG